UUUUUCGCCCAGUGACACUGCAGCUCUAUGUCCGGGCAUGUAGAUCUCAUAGCGGCUCGGCCUUUGUUAGCGAGUCGCUGAGAAGAACCAAGAAAGCCAGAGGAGCCGCAUUCAUGCUCAUACAGAGAGGAAAAUGAUCAUCUGCACGAAAAACAUGGACUAUCGCCUUGGAACCCAGUGCCAGUUCGUUCAAAAUCAGGUGAUGGUGAACUCUGAGAAAGACCGUGCUUCUCUCUUGUGUAUGAAGGCUCUUGUCAACAGGGGGCGUCUGGACUCGGUGUCUCAGCAGAUGGCCUCUCACCCACAGUACCUGGAGAGUUUCCUGCGCACACAGCACUACAUCCUCUAUAUGGAUGGCCCAUUGCCCCUGCCCUACCGCCACUACAUUGCCAUCAUGGCUGCGGCUCGGCAUCACUGUAGGGACCUGGUGUCUCUGCACUCGGCUCAGUUUCUGCGUGUUGGCGGAGACCCGUUAUGGCUUCAGGGGUUAAAGGCUGCACCGCCGCGGCUACAGCACCUUGAUCAAAUCAACAAGGUCCUGGCCCAUCAGCCUUGGCUCACGGCUCGCUCUCACAUACAGGCCCUGCUCAAGACAGGAGAGCAGUGCUGGUCUCUGGCAGAGCUGGUUCAGGCCGUGGUUCUGCUGGCCCACUGUCACUCCCUCUGCAGUUUCGUUUUCGGUUCUGGUUCUGACUCUGACUCCACUCCCACUCUCAGAGUGCAUCAUGGCACACCUCCUGGCUACUGUCUCUGUGACGCUGCCAAUGGCAACACCACCUUUUCGCCACCCUCUACUGGACCCACAGAGAAGGUGCCACGGCGAAGGUCCUUAGACUCCAUCUGUGAAGUCGCUUACCUUCGAGAACAAAUUCAAAAAUCACAGGAGGAGAUCAGGGAAAGAAAAGGAGACCGACUCCAUUCGCAGACACUCCUACAUACAGAUGUGGAGGAGGAGGACGAGGCGAAGUUCUCCGCAGACCCCUCCCGCUUCGUCACAGACCCAGAAUUCGGCUACCAGGAAUUUGCCAGACGGGAGGAGGACCAUUUCCAAGUAUUCCGGGUGCAGGACUAUUCAUGGGAGGAUCACGGCUUCUCGUUGGUGAACAGGCUCUACUCUGAUAUAGGUCACUUGUUGGACGAGCGAUUCCGCAGUGUGGCCUCCCUCCCUUUCCCUCACAGCCCCGAUCUGAAACGAGCCAUCUGGAACUACAUUCAUUGUAUCUAUGGCAUCAGAUAUGAUGAUUACGAUUAUGGGGAAGUCAACCGGUUACUGGAUCGUGGUUUGAAACUUUAUAUUAAAGCUGUGGCCUGCUAUCCCGACUCCAGCAAGACCCCUCUAUGCCCACUGUCCUGGGCCACUGUCAAAGCUUCAGAGAAGGUUCAUAUAAAUUUGUUGGUGAUGGAGGCCCGUCUGCAGGCCGAGCUGCUGUACGCGCUCCGAGCCAUCACUCAAUACAUGAUCGCAUAGGACACGAACGUUCAGCGUCACAGAGGGACACGGUACAACGAAAGUCAAGGCAAAGAAAUACAAUCAGAGAUCCGUCUCUGUAUUUGUUGUCUCUGAGUUUAACCAGUGUGAUGUAAGGUACUGCUGUGAAACGUUUCUUUGCCAAAGGUGAAACUUUAGAAAAAAGAAAAAAGAAAAAAAACAACAGGUGCAAAGCAAUCGCUCUCACCCCUAAUGUCUUUUUGCAUGUUUCUCCUACUUCAUUUUGUUUCUGUAUUUGUCCUAUUGUGCGCAUACUCUUCUUUUUCUACCUUUUUUUUUUUUUUUUAGUAUCUUUAUAUCAGAUGGUUAAUGUGCAAUUAUUUUUAUUCAGUUGUGGUUGUUGUCAGUAAUAUUUUCCCGUUUGUUUGUUUUGUUUGUUUUCUGCUGUUGCUAUUCAACUGAGUGAGAGAAAAUGUGUACAACUGUCCAUUUCCAAAGUAUCCAGCUCUGGAAAGGUCAUCGCCAAUUUGAGUCACUGUUUACAGAAAAUAACGAGUGAUUGGACAAAGGCUUUUGCUUAACAUGGCUUCCAGAUAUUUCAUUUGAAUGUGGAAUAGUGAGAUCAGAGCAAAAUUUAACAAAGGGUAAGAGAAGGUUCAACAGCUGUAACUUUCUUUUAUAAAUGAGCACUUUUAAGUCAGUAUCUAUCUAUAGAAUAUCUCAAUAAGCUUUCGACUGUGGCUUCACAGCACGUCAUCAAGUACUGUUUUCACUCCGUUCAAUCUAAUCUAAUCAAUUAUUAGCUUUGAUGUUUUCCAAAAUCUUCCACACGCUCUUCUGUCUGCAUGGGUGCUGGAAGUCAUUCAAAUGGGUACAUUUAUAGGAUCCAUAUUUAUCAUCCGAUUCAUCUCAGUAGGCAUCUAAACUGCUAUACAAUGUGAAGAUCUAUAUUUGACGGGUUCAAAGAAGUAGAAUGGAAUCACUUUUUCAAAAAAAAAAAAAAUUGUGGUAGGGUUCUCAGUGUUUUUCAGUUACUUAGAGCUGACAGUCAGUUUUAUCUGCUCUACACAAACUGGCCAAAUCAACACCGCAUGUAUUUGAAUGACCAACUUGGAAAACAGUUAAAAUAUCAUUUAAAAGUAGGUCUUUAAUUUUGAAGGAAAUGGCCCACUGAAGUGAUUCUGAGAGGUCCGGCAUUUAGCGUUUAGGUUUAUGUUGUGCUGGCGUCUCCGGUGUAUCAGCAACAGUUAGGAUUUGUUUUAAAAUAUUUUACCGUGUAAAAAUUAAAAGUGAUGUAAGUGAGAAGGAGCUCGGAUGAGAAUAAGCUUAAAAUGUGAUUUUUAAUGUUGACGCGCUGGUAUAGAUCAAAUGAAGGACUUCUGAUAGAACUAUAUAAGAUGAGUAAAGGUUUGCGGUCAGCCUGUCGCUAUCCUUCCCAUACCUGACCUGCACAAAAUUAUCUUUUUUUUUUUUUUUUUGGUUUUGCACUGAACCUUUUGCACAAAACCCUACAAGUGUGGUUGCAACUGGCAGCUGUCAUUGUUACAAACUGCUUGAAGAGGCGGCGACGGCCGCUCUGAUGCCAUGAAUAUAUUCAAUGUCCAGUUUUAGGCCAAAUACCUGUACUGUGUUAAACUCUCAUCAGUCUGGUUAAAUCUAGUUGGCAGAAUGACUUGGGCAACACCUAUGGUUGGUUUUGUGUGUUUAUUUUUAAACAUUGCAUUACUUUUGUUCCUGUUUCAACUUGUUCCUUGUCUUGUCAUUUUGAGGGAGGGUUAUGAUGAUGAUGUCAGUUUUGCUCUUGUCUGAACUGUUUAGAAUAUAAACUAAGGCAUGUAAAUCAGCAGAAAUGUGUACAGGAGCCGCAGUCUGUGCUGGACGCACGGUGCCUUUUGACUGCUGAUGAGUCACGGCUCAUUGGUAAGUUGGAACUGGACUCAGAGCUAAGCCUCAUGCUACUGCAUUAAUUCAAGCUGAUAAUAGAUGAUGUUCAUUAUCUGGGCCUACCGACGGUUGUGGACAUCCGCAGAUGUUUGUCAGGAGCAGAAUAGGACUGCAGCACGGCCGUUCUACCUUAAGCAGGACUGUCUUAAAUGCUUGUUCUUCAAUGACGGUUUGCCACGUCCCUGAAAUGUGGACACUUCCAGACUGUCUCCAACACCUCAGCUGGAAGACGUUAAGGACUGUGCCUCGGCGGAGGAGACUGAAUGAGCAUGGCUAUUGCCAAAAUGUUUAUUUACCACGUAAAUGUAGGAACUAUAAAAAUUUAAACUGACCAAAAAAGAAAAAAAAAAAAACUUGAAAAAGAAAAAACAAGCAAAAAAAGUUUUGAAAUGUGAAAGCUUAUUUUUUCUAUAAAGAUAUGCAAUAUCA